AUGGUUGAUUUUGACAUCAAGUCUCAGCUGGAUCUGCUCAACGAUUACUUAGACAGAGAGAUGGAAGGACUGAAAACCGAAUACUUCGUCAUCAAACCCGGUAUCAAGGCAAGUGGCGAAAAUCGCUCGGUGACUGUUGACGGCGACGCAUCGACGAGCGUCGCUAACGGAUCGCAGAACGACUGCAACAAGGAUCGUCUGCUAUACACAUGGCAAACGUACAAAAACAACAGCGUGUGGUAUCCACAUACAGUCUCAAAGAAAAGGAGCAAAGCCAUAGACAUCAUUAACCCGAAGACCGGUGAAAAAGUAUUAAUAUGA